AUGUCAUUGUUACGCCCCAACUACUUGAGUGCCCUUCCACUGGCCAUCGUUAUUGCAUCUCUUGCUCUUAUAGUCCCGAUUUCAGUAAUCAAUGAACUAUCGGCGUCACCUUUCAGGUCGAAAGAUUCGUUUAGCCAAGAACACGUGGCCCGUAGCCAGUCGACUGUUCCAGGCAUUGGGAUCAGUUUGAAUUACGACUAUGUAGCCGCUGGUAUCUAUUUUGAAAAUGGCACCUCUUUUCCCGUCGCUCGUAUCGACGGGGACGAAGUGUAUCGGAGCUUCAUGCGUGCCACACGUUCUGGAGUCGGCAGUGGCUGUAUGCCGAAGAACUCGUCUUCUCAAGUCUAUUCUGCAGUCGACGAAUCCGAAUCCUUGGCGAGGAUACUACGCCAGGUCAAGGCUUUAAUAACUUCUCGCCUUGACGAGCCAUUCUGCUUUGUGGUCGCUAGCCGCCCUGACAAUAAAUGCAACGAUGCCAGUGACCCUGAUGGUCAGUGGCACACUCACCAGACAGAAGUGUUAGACUCGGCUCUCAGCAAGGUUGGCUUGUACCUGACGCAAGACCGCAUGAUUGACGCUGCCUACGCGACCGCCUUUGCCAACGGCAUGCUCGUCGGUAAUGGAGAGAAAGACGGCUAUGUCCUUUUUAUCGAUCGCGGUUCCUAUGGUUGGCGCUAUACGCUUCUUUAUAUUGAUGAGGGUUAUGGGGACAUAGAGAUGGAUACUAGUUUUGUUCAAGAGACCGGGGAACUUGGAUCACUACGUGAGGCAGCACGAGAUGCCUUGGGCAAGUUUUUAGCCUAUCUAGAUCUUACGGAUGAUGAAAUCAGGGAGCUUGUGAUUUCAGGGGAUUUAGCAAGCGACGCAGACCUCCAAGGCGACCUGAUUUCCGUUCUGGGAUCUGACCUAGUAACCAAGGCUCACGUCCGAGACCCAAUUCAUGCAUCAGCCUUGGGUGCAGCCGCAAGAUCUUUCUAUAACAUCAAAUACCCCUCAUUUGAUCUACAGCCAGGUUUGGAUUGCUGCAAAAAGUAUAAGGGAGAGGGCUGCCAGCUCACUACAAAUUCUUUUUGGAGGCCGCGCAUGGUAAUUAAUUCGAUAAGGUGA